CACACUGUCGGGCGGCCCGGGGUUGCCAGCCUUCUCUCACUGCCGCUCACCGGCUCCUGGCUCCCGCCUCGUUUUGUGGUCGUGGAGAGGGAGGACAAAUCCCAAACCAGCUGCGUAAAUGAGUAUGGAAGAUUAUGAUUUCCUCUUCAAAAUCGUGUUGAUCGGCAACGCGGGCGUGGGCAAGACCUGCUUGGUGCGGCGCUUCACUCAGGGACUCUUCCCACCAGGUCAAGGAGCCACGAUUGGGGUUGACUUUAUGAUUAAAACUGUGGAGAUAAAUGGUGAAAAAGUAAAGCUGCAGAUCUGGGACACGGCAGGGCAGGAGCGGUUCCGCUCCAUCACGCAGAGUUACUACCGCAGCGCCAACGCCUUGAUCCUCACCUACGACAUCACCUGCGAGGAGUCCUUCCGCUGCCUGCCCGAGUGGCUGCGCGAGAUCGAGCAGUACGCCAGCAACAAGGUCAUCACCGUGCUCGUGGGUAAUAAGAUUGAUUUAGCUGAUAAGAGGGAAGUCUCCCAGCAGAGAGCUGCAGAGUUUUCUGAAGCCCAGGACAUGUACUAUCUGGAAACCUCAGCAAAAGAGUCGGAUAACGUGGAAAAGCUCUUCCUGGACUUGGCUUGCCGGUUGAUCAGCGAGGCACGACAGAACACCCUUGUGAACAAUGUCUCAUCCCCCUUGCCAGGAGAGGGGAAGAGUAUCAGCUACUUGACUUGCUGUAAUUUUAAUUAAAGAGCUGGCAUGUGAUUUCCCCUUCUGCCAUGGGCCAAGAGGAUUUCCCCCACCUCCCUGGGGUUUAUCUACUUGAAGGCAAUUCCUGCCACUCUGACCCAUCUGACUUGCCCUGAGUCAGGCUGCAGACCUGGAACCCUGGCCAGCUGAUGGCUCUAGCUGCAUGGUAACAUAGCAGAAUAUCACAUGGCUUAAAUUUUCAUUUUUCUUGCAGUCUGUGGAGUGGGUUAGGAAAAGAAGAGUUGCACAAGCGCUUCAUGCAAUGCAGAACAUGAGCUGUUGUGUUUCCUGCUAUGGGAGAACAGAGCAGCCUUUCUUGAAGAUACUGAAGAGAUGAAAAUCUCUCUUACAGAGCAGUGUGUUUGGUCCUCUUUCAAAUAAAAUGAGGGAAAAACCCCCAGCAAUGAACCCUGACCCUGGACUCCAUUGGCAAUCUUCUUGGCUGCCAGCGAGCGAGCUGUUCGGACACGUCCAUAGCGUCUGCAAGCGCGUCUUCACGGAGGCCUCUGGUGUUCGAAAGGAUGUUCUG